GUGGAGGUCCGCCUGGGCCACGUUCGACUGCGGUGAACGAGUUGUAGCUUUUUGCCGUGAAAAUGUCCUACCGCGAUUUACGCAAUUUCACGGAGAUGAUGAGGGUGCUGGGUUAUCCGAGGCUGAUUUCCCUCGCGAACUUUCACGUGCCGAAUUUUCCCCUGGUCGCGGAGAUUCUGGUUUGGCUGGUGAAACGAUUCGAUCCAGACGUUAGUAUACAUGGCGAUCGUGAGACUGAGGAGCAGCGUGUGGCAUUGAUACGCAGUGUCGCAGAGUUCAUGGCGUUGAAGACAAAUGUAAAGUUAAAUACAAAGAAGUUGUAUCAAGCCGACGGUUAUGCAGUGAAAGAGAUGCUGAAGAUAGCCGCGCUGCUGUACGACGCGCAGAACAGUAGCAACGCCGAGCAGAAUCAAUCAGGCAGUAAUCAGGGCGCGGUGAAUUUCGACAUAUCCGAUAAAAUUAACGAGCUGAAAACAACUCGUCAGUUGGCGAGCCAGUUAACUAUUAACGGGGCGACCCUCUUCGACUUACUCGGCCGAGAAGUGGAACUUCGAGAGAUUCGCAAUAUGAAAAUUGCGAGGCAAUUUGACACUUCGGAAAUAGAAGUAGCUUUAAAAGAUGUCGUCGAAAACACGCGUAAAGAGAUCGAUGAAACGAAGAAGCAGAUAGACAAUGUCAAGGAUACCGAGCAAAACUUGGAUGCGAGAAUCGAGAGACGGAAAACAGAGCUCGAUAGGAAUCAAAAGAGACUCCAUACGUUGAAGAAGGUUCGGCCAGCGUUCAUGGAGGAAUUCGAAAAGCUCGAGGUCGAGUUUAGAGUUUUGUACGACGACUACUUACAGAAAUUCCGAUAUCUAGCGUAUUUGGAACACUUGUACGAAGACACGGCUAAGAUGGAACAAGAGAGAUUCGAAAGACGGCAAGCUGCAACGAAAAAACAACUGGAGCAAAUGAGAUCUGAAGAUACGAACUUUGAAAGCAUGAUGGAAGGGAAUGACUCUAUAUUUGCCACGAAUCUUCAGGAGCCUUUAGUCACUCCCCUUACAAAUCCGGAGACCACAACGGCAGAAAAAUCUCGUCAAUCUGCCAAUGUGAAACAAAAUACUGGAAGAUCGUCAAAGAUGCAGUAUACCCAGCGGCGCAUUUACGGUAGCAUGUCUGGACGGCAAAGAGGUACGAUUCAGGAAUCGAAUAAUAGUGACGGCUCACUGGAUAGUGAUAGCGAUUUACUGAUCGACGGCGAUCUUGACGACGAUGACGACGAAGAUCUUUUGAAUUCCGUGGGUGCGACAGAUAUAGGCACGUAUAAUAUCAAAACCGCUCAAGAAAAGCGAUCCGUCAGUAAAAUAGAAAGGCAUUCGGAUGAUGAUUUUUAAUGCGAACAAGGUAAACUUUGUCAAUUAGCUAGACUAGUUUUAUAUAUUAAAUGUUAAUAUCGAAUAAAAAAUAAACAAUAAUCAACAAUAAUUAUUGAUAAAAGUAACAAAUUAACACCAAAUCUGACUAUUAUACCAAUUCAAAGUGUUUUUAUUUUGUCAUAAAGAAUAAGAAUUAUUAUUAAUAAUAAAAUAUUUUUCACCCACAAUUACGAAAAUGUAAUACAUAGCAAUAUAAAGUGGUUUGCAUUAAAUUAUUUUUGCACAGUGGUAUAUUAAAAUAGCACGUACAACUAUAAAAUAAUUAUUUUUUGAAUAAAUACGUGGCAUUUAAUGGUCUCUUCUUCAAAAAUAAUUUGUAAAUCCUAUCGUAAUACAUUAAUUGUACAUAAACAAUAUUAACGUGGUUUGCAGUGUCUUAAAUGAUAUUGCACUGGAAAAGAAAAUUAAAAUACGUAUUGUCCUAGUAUCAUAUUUAUUAAUUUUGUCAAUAUAAUCAAUAUCGACACAUCGUCGACUGUAGCUCAGCACCGAUCACACAUAUGUACCUUAAAUCUAUUUUACAUGUCAUGUAUGUACGUGUCAUGUAACGUACACAGGCGUGUAUACACAUAUAUACAUAAACUUGUGUGCGUGUAAGAAACAUGAUUUCUUUUUGCAUUAAAUAAAUAGAAAGACUGCUAUAUUCUCACA